AUGAGGUAUUCUAACACACCCAUGGUCCUGGAGAAGCAGAAUGUGUCUUCCCCGCCGUCCCCGCCUGUUCCUGCUCGGCGGAACAAGGCUCGUCCCAUUGCGCUGGCGUUGAUGGGAUUGGCCGGUUCUUUGUGGUUGAUGUUGCCUGACAGAGCCCAUCAGCCAGCAGCAGCGGCAGAGAAGAACGCACCACCGCCGGCAUUCAGUUGGGACCAGAUCACACCUUCCAAGUCUCUGGAGUACCAUGACUGCUUCGACGGCUUCCAGUGCGCUCGACUCGAGGUGCCCAUGAACUAUCAUCGAGAGGACGGUCAAGGCCGCCAAAUGGCUAUUGCCAUUGCACGCUUACCUGCGAAGGUCCCGGUGACGGACUCUCGAUACGGUGGACCAGUUCUCAUAAAUCCCGGGGGCCCAGGUGGUUCUGGAAUCGGAGAGGCUCUAUUGUCCGGUCGGGACAUGCAGAUGAUUGUUGAUGCAGAAACUGAUCCUGCAUUAACUACAAAAACUGCGAACUCGUCGGAUCGAUACUUCGAUAUCAUCGGCUUUGAUCCACGCGGUGUUAACAACACGACUCCGGGGUUCAGCUGCUUCCCUAAUUCAUUUUCGCAGAAGAACUGGGAGCUCCAGGCGGAGGCGGAUGGCAUGCUGGGUAGCUCUGACGAUUCCCUCAUGCGCAGUUGGCAACGUGCCCUUGCUCUUGGCGCCGCUUGUUCCGAGGCACUUCAAUCCACGCCGAAUGGAACUGAUGAAGCUCUUGGGGAUCAUCUGAAUACGCCGCCAGUCGCGAGGGAUAUGCUCGAAAUUAUCGAGCGACAGGGUCAAUGGCGGGAGAAGCAAGGUCAGGCCGCUCAAAGGGAGCACGAUCGCAUGUUCGGGUAUGACCAUCAGCAGAGGAUCGUGACCCGCACCCGGUGGAAGAGAGGACAAGAGAAGCUCCUGUACUGGGGCCGUUCAUAUGGAACUGUGCUCGGAAGCACCUUUGCGACCAUGUUUCCUAAUCGGAUCGAGCGUGUUUUACUGGACGGCGUGGUUGAUGUCGACAAGUACUACACCGGGGAAGGACCUGACUCUAUUGUUGAUGCCGACGCAAUCUUUGACCGUUUUGCAUUUUACUGCGACACGGCUGGGCUAGACGGAUGCCCCUUCUAUACGCACCGAGGCCCUACAGCCAUCAAAGCCGCAUAUCUGGAUCUAGAAACGGCACUAUACAAGGCAUCAAUACCAGUAGCACCGUCAGCCACACGGGGACCCGAAGUCGUCACGUGGACCGAUUUGAAAAUCGUUCUUCGCAUCUCCAUGUAUCAACCUCUAUUGGUAUUUCCUAUCCUAGCGCACUAUGCAAAGUCGCUAGCCGAGGGUGAUGGAUCCGCGAUGGCCGACUUCAAACAGCGAUUUCGCUCGCCCUCGUGUCCAUCGGACCAAUGUAUGCAAACAGAGCCGUGGUCUCCCGAGUGUCAGGACGCGGAGGCGAACGAAUUCUAUGCCAUGUCGGCAAUAUUCUGCUCCGAUGCCCCAUAUCUACGUGACAUAGACCAACAACGUUUCAAAGAAUUAUGGGCGUCCCAGAAAGCCCAGAGUUUUACCAUGGGGGAUUAUUGGGCUACUAUUGGAUUGGGAUGCGUUCAACACAAGUCGAGGCCGAAAUGGCAGUUGACAGUCACUUGCAGCGCGCAGAAGAUGUCCAAGAGUUUUCCUGGCUCAGUCGUACUCGAACAAGAUUCGGAAGGACACACCACCUUAGCCGCGCCAUCGGUGUGCGUGAGCAAAGCUAUUCGUGCCUAUUUCCAGAGCGGCGUGUUGCCCGAUCCCGGAACGCUCUGCAGUGCGGACUUGAAGCCCCUCUUGGGGGAGUCAGGCUGCAAACGCUACACCGGCUCCGGCUUCUCCGCCAACAUUGCCGUCCCCAAGACAAGCCUCCACUGGACCAAGGGCCAGCCGAAACUCUACGUCGAUAAGAACCAGCACGGUGCAGAAGUUCCCCGGAUGUUCUGCGGGGAUUGCGGGACACCCUUCACGUCUGAGCCAAGUGGUCAGGAUAAAGUCAUUAUUAUCAAGUCUGGGACGUUGGAUGAUCCGCACAGGGAUGAAUGUGGGGAGUUGGCGAUGGAGAUCUGGUGUGAUCGGAAGGAUAAGUGGGUUGAGCAGAUGAAGGAUGAGAAUGUAACGCGACUGGACAGAUCUAUGGGCUAG